CGGGCGCACGCUCACUCGACAAACAGCGCGCGCGCCGCGGUCUCGCGUCGCAUCUACCAUACGUUACUAGGAGCGCGGAAUUCAAUAUUUAACACGCGAUUUUUAUUGUUCUCGCUGUGCGUACCGUUCAGUGCACAAAAUGCCGAAAAAUAUUUUAGCAGAAUUGGGCUCGCAAGUGGGUCUUACACCUGCUCGGCAGAAUAAAAAGGAAGCAGAAGAAUGGUCUCGACGGCAAAGUGGCCCAAAGAUCAACCCAUCGUUCGAGCCAGACGACUUUGUACCACACAGCUUGUCACCGGUCAAGGAUGAGAAGAAGAGGCCGGGAGAUGCGGGCAUCUUCAUGGUGAAUAUGAAGGAAAAGAACCUCCAGGAAGUGGAAGAAUACGAGCCCUAUGACAACAGAGUUGUAGCGCAUCCUACCACAAACACGGAGACUCUUCUCCACCUGCUGAAAGGCAGCUUGGGUACAGGCAUCUUGGCAAUGCCGCACGCGUUUUCAAACGCCGGGUACAUGGUUGGGUCCAUUGGCACAGUUGUGAUCGGCGUGCUGUGCACUUAUUGUAUCCAUGUGUUGCUGGACUCGACCUACGCCCUGUGCAAGCGGCGGAAAGUGCCUUCCCUCACGUACACCGCGGCAGCUGAGGCUGCGUUGUCAGAAGGUCCUGCGUGGUGCAAAGCAUGCGCUCCUUAUGCAGCACACAUUGUGAACGUGUUCUUACUGAUAUACCAAAUUGGGACAUGCUGCGUUUACGUGUUGUUCGUAUCUGAGAAUAUAAAAUACGUGUUAACGAAGAAAUUUGGCAUAGAUAUUAGCUUAGAACAUGUGAUGCUGUGCGUUCUGCUGCCAUUGAUUCUAAUAAAUUGGGUCCGAGAUCUAAAGUACCUGGCGCCGUUUUCAGCUGUUGCCAACGCUGUUACCAUCGUCAGUUUUGGUAUCAUUCUUUACUACAUCUUCAGGGAUACACCUUCCUUGGAGGGAAAGUCUGCAGCCGGAGCUAUAUCUAAGUUCCCACUUUUCUUCGGAACUGUAUUGUUUGCAUUGGAAGCUAUUGGAAUGAUUCUGCCUCUCGAAAACGAGAUGAAGACACCCAAAGACUUCGUGGGUAAAUUCGGCGUGUUGAACCGGGCCAUGGUCACAAUCAUCAUCCUUUAUGUAGGCAUGGGUCUCUUCGGUUACUUACAAUAUGGCAACGAAGCCGAAGGCACCAUCACUCUCAACUUGCCCACCGAAACUGAAAUUCUCGCCAGCGUGGUCCAAGGCCUAUUGGCGUUUGCGAUAUUCAUCACCCAUGGCCUGGCUUGUUAUGUAGCGAUCGAUAUUGUCUGGAACGACUACGUCGGCAAUCGCCUUUUAAACAGCAAACAUAGGAUCAUUUGGGAGUACAUCGUUCGGACUCUCAUUGUUCUUAUCACAUUCGGUCUUGCUGCUGCGGUUCCCGCGUUGGAUCUCUUCAUAUCACUGUUUGGUGCCCUGUGUUUGUCGGCGCUUGGACUUGCCUUCCCUGCCUUUAUCCAAACCUGCACCUACUGGUACUACGUAUCUCGUUCAGAACGGAUUCGUAUGCUUAUCAAGAACAUCAUCGUAGUUUUAUUUGGAGUACUGGGUCUUAUCGUCGGCACAUGGACGUCACUCCAAGGAAUUAUUGAAAAGUUCUGCAACACUGACAGCGGCUUGGAGUCCGUUGUGAAUACUACAGAAGCCAGCGGUUUCAAUGGCACUACAGCCCAUUGAUAUGCUGCAUUAUAGCACUCAAGUACGCCAGCUCCAUGCGGCUUCAUUUACACUGUCAACCUAAUCUUACGAAGUUAAUCUUGAAUUAUCAAGGUCAAACCGCAACAAACUUGGUACUGACGUGUAAAUCAGGCUCAAAUAUACAAUGCCAUAAAUAGAAUCGCCGAGCAUACAAUGCAAAGUUUCUAUGGAGGCAGAACUAGUAAUAUUAUGUAUUUUAAUUAUUAAUAUAUAAAUGGUUUUAACACAACCAUUACAUAGUAAGUAAGUUAUUGUUGACUCAUAUUACCUAUAAAUAGAAUAAUAUGUUGUCAUAGACAACAUUGUUUGAUUUCUCCCGACAGCUGUAUGGGGACCAUACAUAAUGUAUGCGUGCCUUUUUCGUGCCAUUAUUCAAAAUAUACCUAUCUUGAAAAACAAACUCAGUAUUGCCAAUCAUCUCGGCACAAUUGUCGGGAUAGUAGACCUACCGCUGACUGCGAUUUUAAACCAACGACGAAAGUAAGGAUCUUAAUUGCUAAUAUGACUUGUCGUCUACAAGUCUAGAGAAGUCAAUCUGUAUUACGAGUGCGAUUCAUAAUAUAUCGUAAACGUCUCAACUUCAAAGAAAUCAACAGCAUUCAGUGGGUAGUUUUAGACAGUUUUGUAUAAUAUUAUAUAAUGUUAUACAUUUUAUAUGGUUGUUACAUAGAUAAGUAAGUACUUUAGUCUGGAUGAAAUUAUCCUGUGACAGUGAGAUAAUAUUAUUAUGUAUUAUGUCAAAAGCGUGGCAUUUUAUAGCAUUAGAUAAUUAUGUAUGUUGUAUAAGUACCUACAUCUAACGCAUUUGUUGUUUAUGUUGAAAAAUACUGAAUGCGGUGCACUGGUAAUAAAUACUAAAUGUGUAAAUACCUAGGCGUUAACUAUUAUCAUUAUUUACAAUUCGUGCAGUUCAUAGUACCUUCAAAACACUGUUUAAAUUUUAAUUGAAUUGACUUCAAAAUUCCUUGCCUUAUUUAAUUAAUUUCCUUUAUGACUGACUUUAACUUUCCCUAAAUCGUAUAUUUGUAUGUUAUGUUGUCUCAAUGGCUAAAAAUACACGACUUUAAUUUUAUUUUUCAUGUGUUGCAUGCAGUAAUUAGAAAACAUCUUACGCGAAGUAUCUUCUUCAGCAACAGAGUAUUCUUAGCGUACAGUAAUUUUCAACAUUUAUUGUGCAAUAUGUACUGAUUUCAUCGAUUGAUUAGGACAAACGUCGAUAAAGUACAAUAAUAAUAAUAAUUAAACUAAAUAGUAUCCUCGUUACUCAAUGCGUAUGUUGUGAUGCGAUUAAUUCAUUAAUUAGUUUUAUUUACAGUAGUCCUUAUUUUGCAUAUUAUUUUUAAAAAGUAAAUUCUUAUUUUUUGACAACUUUUUCUAGCCAUGUUUGUUUAAAUGUAUAUAAUUUUUGCGGUUCAAACAUAAUAUUUUCAAAUCAUAUAUAUUUUAUACACAACGUAUUCCAGUUUGUCUUUAUAUUUUGUACUAUGGACAUACGGUUGAGACUAUUCACUAAUCCUUUUAAUGUGACCGGAAUAAUUGACAUAGACUAAGACUUAAAUAUCUUAAAUUAAAAUUGUUAUAUCUUACAAUGGCUUCCUAGUUUAAUCGAGUACAAACAAAACAAGCAGUAUACUGUUAUAAAAUAUGGUUUAGUCAUUUCUUAUAUUUGUUUAUAGUUUUUUAAAAUGUUUCGAUCAAUUCAAGCAUGAUGUAUAUAUCUAUAUAAUAAGUUAUAAUCUGUGCAACACAGUUCUAAAAGAUUUUGUUUUCACUUCAUUUUGCAUUUAAGUUGCAUAUUUCGUAUAAAACAGUAAAAUAAAAACCUUUAUCCUAGUUAAUUAUGACACUAAAAAGAUUGAUAUUGUCGUUUAACAAGUUAUGGCUUUUAUUUUAUGAUUUAAUUCAUUGACAUUACGAGUAUUCACGAGUUAGUGCAAUAAACGGAACUAAAAAAAAUAAAAAAAAUAAUAAAACAAUCCUUUACAAUCAGUGGUCUGUUUAGUCCCGUAAAAAAAAAAAGUGUCUACUAGCAAUAAUCGCACCUCGGAACAUGUACAAAAUGUAAAACAAAAAUGUGUUAGUUAGAAUAUACAAUUAACGAAAAAAAAAUUAAAUUGAUUAUUUAUCAUACUCGUCCUGAGAGUUGCCUUACAUUUUACGAGAAUUAAAAUGAAUUUCACAAAUGAACCCUUCUUUAAAGCCGUUACUAUUUAUUUGCAUGUUUUCCGGUCAUAAUAUAUUAGAAUGUAAUCUGUGAUGUUGAAUAUUUAUAUUAGGGGCUAACAUUGUUUUCGUUAACAGUGCAUAUGUGAUGAAGACGCACACGUCAGUGAUAAUGUGCUCAGAGCGUUGUUGGGUUCAACCCCGUUAUAAUUAAAAUAUAUUAUUAUACUAA